AUUUUAUACUUUUUCAUUCCUUAUGCUCUGAUUUCUCUGAUAAAAACAAAUUUUUCCUUCUCCCUUGAUAAAUCAGUUAAUAUAAUUUUGAUAAGCAAUACACUCUUCAAAUGACAAAAUAGAAACAAAUAAAAGCUAUGGAACAAAGCAUCCCAAUAAAACAAACUAGACAUCGUAGUGUCACCAACAAGUUUAUGAAACAAAAGAAAAAUUUUGAUCUUGUCCAUCUCAAUGAUCCCAUUUCCAGAAAGCCUAAAGUAAUUCGUAUAUUUCUAACUGAUCAAGAUGCUACUGACUCUUCCGGUGACGAAGAAGAAGAGUUCUUCCCUCGCCAAAGGGUGAGGCAUUACAUCAACGAAAUUAAUAUUCACCCACCCUGCGAAACCGUUACCAAUUCCCGAAAGAGGCUUGCCGGAAUAUCCUCCCCUUCAUGUCGGCGACCAGUGAAGACCACUGUGGCAGCCGCCACCACCCCAACCACAGCCACCACCAAUAACAACAAUGGCAGAAAGUACCGUGGUGUAAGACAAAGGCCAUGGGGUAAAUGGGCGGCGGAGAUUCGAGAUCCAAACCGGCACAUCCGAGUUUGGCUGGGAACUUUUGACACUGCCGAAGAAGCUGCCAGGGAGUAUGAUAAUGCCGCGAUCAAGUUUCGCGGUCCGAAAGCUCUAACCAACUUUCCGAUAUCACCACCAUCACAAGAAAAGAAUGUAGACAUCUACGACUCAUCAUGCGAAGAUGAGUGCCUCGUCAACAUGUCUUCAUCACCUACUUCGGUUCUCCAUUCCACAAGUCCCAAAACAGGAAAACCACAGAAGCACCACAAAGAAAACGAUGGAGAGUGUGAGGGGGAGACGAGUUUCUUUGAUGAUGAGACGUUGGGGAAUGACAUGUUUAACUUUGCAACUUUGCAUGAUGAGUGUGUGGCUACAAUGUUUGAUGAUGAAACUACUUCUGCACGGGUCUUUGUUAGUGAAAGUUUCAAGUUUGGUGACCACAUUGAGCUUGGUAAUGCAAGUUUGUACCAGGUUGACGAUUAUUUUGAAGAAAUUUUGCUAGGCUCGGAUCCUCUUGUGGUGCUGUGAGAGUGAAUCAGAUUCCAAGACACAGAUUUGGUACUUUAAUAAUUACAUGCAUGGUGCUGUCUUUGGUAUGCAAAUUACUAACUAGGUUUUGUUUUAUGACAUAAAUAAGAAUAAGAAAUAGGUGGUUGUAUUUAUUUUUUUUUAAUGGUAGCUUUAUCUACGUUGUUUAUUUGUUUAUUUUAAAAACUCAAUUAUAUGUAGAUUGCUAGCUAAAUGGAGAAGAGGAGUUGAAUGGAAUUUUGUUAUGAUCUUACUCAUGUUGCUUAAAAAUUUAUAAUUGUUGGCAGUACUGCAAGAAUAAAAUCGUUGUGAAUUAGGUGGUGGAAGAAUCAAAUCGUCGUGAAUUAGAAUGUGGAGAAGUUAUAUUAAACUGAAGUUGAUAAUUGAGAAUUUAAUUAUUAAUUUUAUAGGAAGACA